GCACUGCAGCGGGAACGCGCCGGCUGCCGAGCUGCGCCACAGGCGCCGCAGCCCGUCGCGCCACGCGAGCCCGGCCGGCCCCACCAGCCUUCGCCUCCCGCCUCGCUUCUGCAUCCUUCCUGCGUCUUUGCUCCCCUCAGCCCUCGGUUUUCAGCGGUCCUCGCUGUCCGGAGGGGUCCCCGCGCCCGAGAAGAAGCCGCUGCUCGCCGGCUGGCCCGGCUGCCGCCGCGGAGACCUCGGACAGCCUCUCCCGCCGGGCCCGGCACGCCGAGCGCUCCUUCGGGCGGCCGCUCCUCGCCCCGCUGAGGGCCGGGCUCGGACCGCCAGCGCCGGGGCGACUCCGGGAGCGGCGGCCACGCCCCGCGGCCACACCCCGGCGCUCCCGGGCCCCGCGGCUCCCGCAGGCUGCACUCUGGGGCCGCAGACCCCGACCCGGGACGCGAGAUGGCGACAGCCGCGUGACUGACUGAGCCCCUGCGAGGCCGCGCCGGGGAGCCGCAGACGGACAGCGGGGCUUUGGUGUCGCUUGUUACCAGCGACCGCGGGGACCUGCCGCCCGCGCGCCUGCUUGCGGGGAGUGUCUGGUGUUGGUUGGAGUUCGGGGAGCCGCAGUCUGAUCCGUAUCUGUCGAAUCGGUACCUUUGAUAGUUGGGAACAUGGCGAUGACGCUGUUGGAAGAUUGGUGCAGGGGCAUGGACGUGAACUCCCAGAGAGCGCUGCUGGUUUGGGGGAUCCCAGUGAACUGUGAUGAGGCUGAAAUCGAAGAGACCCUCCAGGCUGCGAUGCCCCAGGUGCCGUAUCGAGUGCUUGGGAGAAUGUUCUGGAGGGAAGAGAACGCGAAAGCAGCCUUAUUAGAGCUCACUGGCGCUGUGGAUUACGCCGCGAUCCCCAGGGAGAUGCCUGGCAAAGGAGGGGUGUGGAAAGUGCUUUUUAAGCCCCCCACGUCUGACGCUGAAUUUUUAGAAAGGCUGCACCUCUUCCUAGCUCGGGAGGGGUGGACCGUGCAAGAUGUUGCCCGCGUCCUUGGGUUUCAGAACCCGGCCCCGGCCCAGGGCCCCGAAAUGCCAGCCGAGAUGCUCAGCUAUAUUUUGGAUAAUGUUAUUCAGCCUCUCGUGGAGUCCAUAUGGUACAAGAAGCUGACGCUGUUCUCGGGGAGGGACAUCCCGGGGCCUGGGGAGGAGAGCUUUGACUGCUGGCUGGAGCACGCUAAUGAAGUCAUAGAGGAGUGGCAGGUGUCCGACACAGAAAAGAGGCGGCGGCUGAUGGAGAGCCUCCGGGGCCCCGCCGCCGACGUCAUCCGCAUCCUCAAGACCAGCAACCCCGCGAUCACCACCGGCGAGUGCCUGAAGGCGCUGGAGCAGGUGUUCGGGAGCGUGGAGAGCUCUAGGGAUGCGCAGGUCAGGUUUCUGAACACGUACCAGAACCCGGGAGAGAAGUUGUCGGCUUACGUCAUUCGUCUGGAGCCGCUGCUGCAGAAGGUGGUGGAGAAGGGGGCCAUUGAUAAAGAGAACGUGAACCAGGCCCGCCUGGAGCAGGUCAUCGCCGGGGCCAACCACAGCGGGACCCUCCGAAGGCAGCUCUGGCUGACCGGCGCUGCGGAAGGGCCGGCCCCGAACCUCUUCCAGCUGCUGGUGCAGAUCCGUGAGGAGGAGGCCAAGGAGGAGGAGGAGGAGGCUGAGGCCGCGCUCCUGCAGUUGGGCCUGGAGGGGCACUUCUGAGCCCCAGGAAAGAGGGCUGCCGUGCAGACCCGGCCCGCAGCUGCUGUCCUGGUCCCGAGUAGUAAAGGCCUAGCUGCCUGCUGUUUUCGUUGUGUUUUUCUUGGAGGGAGGGGGUUCUGGCCUGCCCGUUCCUGUAACUCCGCCGACACUGCACAGAGCAUGGGGAGCUGCUACAAUGCCGAUGGGCUUGCUGGCUGCGGCGCCCGCUGUCGCCAUGCCGGCACCCUCGGCUGUGACAAGUGUGAACCGGUGACUUCCCGUGGAGAUCAAUGUGAAGUCGCACGUGCAGAUGUUUAGCCCAGGGCCUGGCUCGCAGGAACCGUGAACCAUCACAUUGUUAUCAGCGUCGAGGCUAGUGUGUGUUGACUGUAAAUCAUUCCGUGUUUAUAUUAAUGGAAAGAAACGUGCAUUGUUUAGGUAAUACUGCUCAGCCUCACAGUGCAAAUCUCUUAGUGCUCAUCUUUAAAGAGCCGGAUCUGUGGAACAGAGUGUUCUGAGACUCCAGCUGGGGCGCUGGAAAAGGACUGCAGUUCCGGAGCUGUGCUGAUCAGAGGUCGCGCAGAGAAACCACCUGGGGAGAUGGCUAGGACCCGGUGACAGUGACCCACCCAUCCCCCCACUCCCCUUCCAGUCCUUGUCAAAAUAGUUCUUGUUCACCCAGAUUUUAAAUGUUCUACAUUUGAACUUAUCAAAUAGAUGUAUAAGAAUAAAAAUAUUUUAAAAACUA